AUGGCAACCGCACUGCCCUCGGUGCAUCGGAGCUCCUUGUUCGCAAGCAAUCCUGUUGGACUGCCUGCCUACCCAGGUACCCCCCAUUCCACUGUUCCAAGCCUCCCCUGGAGCUCUUCCGCCACCGAUGACGCGCCCACCGGUUUGCUCGGGAUCGCAUGCAAGCCUUCGGGUCCGUCGGCUCCGUCGCCGUCACCGGCGGCAGUGGCGGCGGCGGCGGCGGCGGCGGCGGCGGGGGGGCCCCCGCGGCGGCUGCAGCACCGCUGGCACCAGCGAGGCCGCCCCGCUUCCCUCACACCCGACCAAGUCAGGAGGAAGAAUUUCGCCGCGGAGCAACGGGCGGAGACGGUAACGGGCUGGCCGCCGGUCGGCGGCGGCGCCGCCGCCGCCACCGCCGCCGUCGGGGCAGGAAUUUUCCCUCAGUCGUCGUACUCGUCUGCAACCAGCGGUGGCGGUAUCAGGCCUGGGUCACCGCCACCUCCUAGCCGCAUGAUCACCCAUGAUGUGUCUGUUACCGCGACGGCGCCGCUGACGCUGGGCAGUCCCGUCGGCGGCAGCGGCGGUGGCGGCGGCGGCGACGGCUGCGGGGAGCACCGAAUGAGCAUGGGGCGGUCGCAUAGGACGUCAGCAGCGGCGGCCGCCGCAGCCGCGCCGACGAUGGGCGCAUCCGAUAGUUGUACGGCAUCCCCCCGACUGGUUCAUCUCCACCCUGGCGGCCUGGGGUCGGCGGCCAUGUCCUUGAUCGCCGCAGGCCACCACGUACCCAGGCAGCAAAUCAUCGCUCAGGCGCGAGGGGUGGAACGACUUCUGGCAUUAGACGUAGAGGAAGCCCUGGCGCGUGCGCCGACGCCGCGCGAAGUGGCUACACUGACCCCUGGGUCGCUCGACGGAAUGGGCCACCCCGUCCUGCUCGCCGCCGACGGCGCGCGUAUCCUCAAACGCAUCCCCGAUCACAUGCCGCGCCACGCUGCCGACCGGCUCACGGCGACGCCGCUGCGGCCCGAGCAGCUAAGUGUCGUACUGGGUUCGGUUCCGGAUUUAGAUUUUGAUUUGUUGGAGCACAGCCCUGACGGCGGCGACGGGAGUUCGUCGUACGAUGAGGCGGAUUACUUGCCGCUGUCGCAGCGCGGCGGCGGCGGCGGCGGCGGCAGGGUUGGCGGCGGGGGUGGGGCGUUAUGUACGGAAGGCAGCACGACGAUGCUGGGCGGCGGUAGCAGCGGCGGCAGUGGCGGCGCUGUGAGAUCCGUGGUGGGAGGUGGCGUUCGUCGCGGCGGACGGAAAGGCGGCGCCGCCGCCGGCGUCUCCGACGCCGUCAGCCCGGUAAGGAUGGCAAGGUCCUGGUCAUCACCUGCACGGCAACCCCGCGGCGGCGCCGCCGCCGCUGCCGCCGGCGCCGUCCAUACGCGAAAUGAGACACUAGACGGCUCCGCCGGCGGCGGCGGCGGCGGCCUGGCGGCGGAAAGUAGCCGUACCAGUGUCCGCGGUGGCGGUGGCGGCGCCGUCGGCAAGUCGCAUCGGAGGAGGAGCCGCUCGCCGCAGCACUCCAGGGAAGGAGCAGUGUCGCCGGGCCAUGGCCGCGGCAGCGGCGCCGCCGCCGCCGCCGGCGGCGGCGGCGGCGGCGGUGGCCGGCGGGCAUCUCUUGUCGGCGAGGAACCGGCGCCGACGCCACCCAAGUGGCUGGGCAUGUACAUACCCAAGGAGGAUCCUCUAGGCUUGUGGACGGGUAAGCGCAUGAGCAAGACGGAGGUGAUUGUGGAGAAGCGGCUCUUCGCCAUGAGGCACAACCCCGGCAUGCGACUGGAACUGGAAAGCCGCGCAUCGGAGGCGUUACGGCAGCGGGCGGCGGCGCAGGCGGAGAUGGCGGCGGUGACCAGGGCGCGGGAGGAGGAGGCGCUGGCGAGGAAGGCGCAGCUGCGUGCCGAAAUUGAGGCCCGACGCCGGGGUUGGGGCCCCCGCGAUGACCUGCGUGGUGGCAUGUACGGCAUGAUGUACCGGCAACGUCGUCGCUUCUUGCACAUUCGGGCCAUGCUGAUUCGGAUUCAACGAGCCGCCCGCUUGCGGUACUGUGUCGUACGCAACCGGCGGCGCCACGCCGCCGCGGCGGGUCUGCUUUUGGAGUUUCUAAGUGCCAUCGGCGGCACUCGCCAGGCCUCAGCAGCGAUGGACUUGCGCGAAUUACAUUCCAACUAUAUACGCCGACGGCUCUUAGAAAAGAAGGGCGAUUUAAAGCACCAAACCGCAGUUGCCGUACUGGUGCGGGAGUGGGAGGCGGUGGAGGCCAGAAUCCUAGGGCUCCGGAACCGCAGCCUGAAGGGUACGGCACUAGCUGCCAUGGCAGCCAUCGGCUUGGCGCCUGGCACCGCCGGCGGCGGUGGCGGCGGCGGUGGCGGUGGUGGCCACCAUAACGUACAUUACCGGGGGCCUGCUGGCGGCGGCGGCGGCGGCGGCGGCGGCGGUUCGUCUCCAGAUAAGCCCCUGUUGGCUUCCUUCGCCGGGGAGGCGCAUUCCGCGGCGCAUGGAACUCGUCUGUUGGGGAAGGCGCUGGAGGCGAGGAAGAAGGGCGUCAUGCUGCUGGCGGGAGGCAAGGACCUAAACAAGCAACUGACGGUGGAAUACGCGGUGGCUCGUGCACUGGCCUCGGACCGUGUAACGCUCACAAGUCGCGAGCUGGUCCCCAACGAAGUGAAGGCGCUGGUGUCUUCGUGUUAUAUGGAACACAAGGCGGUGUCGUACACGGCUUUAAUUGGGUUGGUGUGGAAGCGGCGAGCUCGGUGGUUCGGUGUGUUCAACCAGCAGCGCCACAUGGCCAUGGCGCGGAGUGUGGUGGAGACGGGCAGUGCGUGGAGAACCAUGGAUGCCCUGGCCAAGAGCGAAAUGCUUCUCCGUCAAUCUUUCGGCAACAUGUUGCGAGGUAGGGAGGCGCCAUCCACACCGCCAUUGCCCUCAAUAUCGAAUACAAACAACACCAACACCACGACGACUAGCGCCCUGGCUGGACACCACAACGCCGCCGCCGCUGCCGCGACGCCGCCAGCUGACGUCGCCGCUGCCGCCGUACACCGCCACUUCGGCGCCGCCAGCACCGCCGGACUACGCCGCGUCAGCGUCUCAGGUACGGGUUCGGGUUCCGUACCCAGCGGCGGCGGCGGCAGCGGCGGCAACGGACCCAUGGGUCCAUCGGCGCUGCUGGUGCAGCAGUCCUCCAUUGGCUCCUCUAGCCCACGAGCUGAGUCGCCGCGUCGUACUUCCCGUACGGUACGGCUUGACACGGCGGCCGGUGCCGCAACGGGAUUGACAGGGCCCGAUGCGUUCCUUGAUACGGUUUCGGAGGCGGGAUCGGAGAGGACUACCGCAUCCAACACGGCGGCUGGCGGCAGCGGAGCCACUGCAGGUGCCGCCGCCGGCGCCGGCCUGGCGCGUUCGCGGUUUCUGACGUUGAUUCCCAACCAAUUCCAAAAGGCCGGCGUGGCGCAGCUAAAAGAGCGCUGGUGGCGAGACGCCGUUGUACGAGUGGACGCCUGUCUUCGUAAGCGUUACAAACUGAACGGCGUGUCGUUGGUGGCCUGUCUGCAAGAUCCCACCGCGCCCAAUUUGGAGCUCUUUUCUGCCAAGUUGGCGGAAAUCAACUCAAACCCCGAGAAGGCAGACUCGCUGCUGGCGGCGCUGCCUGGCGUCGCUGGUAACGGCGUCGCUGGCGGCGGCGGCGGCGGCGGCGGCGGGCAGCAGGGUGCAGCAGCUGCCCCGGGCAAGGCGCCACCAAGGCCCAGCUCAGACGGCAAUUGGCUGCACCGCGCGGCUUAA